AUGCCAACCCUCAGACGUGGGAACCUCUCAGAGGCAGACUUCGUGCUGGAGGGAUUUGAGGGCGGACCUGAGCUCCAAGCCCUGCUCUUUGCGCUGUUCCUGGUCCUGUACGUGGUCACCGUCCUGGGCAAUGUCGUCAUGAUCCUGCUCAUAACUGUGGAGGGCCGCCUGCACUCCCCGAUGUACUUCUUCCUCAGGAGCCUCUCCUUCCUGGACCUGUGCUACUCCUCCGUCAUCGCGCCCGAGGCCCUCUCCAACUUCCUCUCCGCCACCAAGGCCAUCACCUUUGCGGGCUGUGCCACCCAGUUCUUCUUUUUCUCUUUCCUGGUCACCACAGAGGGCCUCCUGCUGGGCGUGAUGGCCUAUGACCGCUUCGUGGCCAUCUGCAGUCCACUGCAGUACCACGUGACCAUGUGCCCUGCGACCUGCGCCCGCAUGGUGAUGGGCACCUGCUGCGGAGGCUCAUUCAACGCCAUCGUUCAGACCAGCCUCACGUUCCAGCUCCCCUUCUGCGGCUCCCACCGCAUCAACCACUUCUUCUGCGACGUGCCCCCGCUGCUGCAGCUGGCCUGCGCCGACACCGCCCUUAACCGGCUGGUCAUGUUCAGCGUCUGCGGGCUCAUCAUCGUGGCCACCACUCUCGUGAUCCUGGUCUCCUACGGCUACAUCACAGUGACCAUCCUCAGGAUGCGCUCGGCAGCCGGGCGGCGCAAGGUCUUCUCCACCUGCGGCUCCCACAUGACGGCCGUGUCCCUGUUUUGUGGGACUGUGUUUGUCAUGUACGCCCAGCCAGGGGCUGUGGAGUCCAUGGAGCAGGGCAAGGUGGUCUCCGUCUUCUACACCCUGGUCAUCCCGAUGCUCAACCCCCUCAUCUACAGCCUGCGGAACAGGGACGUGAAGGAGGCCCUGCGGAGGCUGGGCCAGAGAUGUGCAGCCACGUGA